UUCACGGAGUACGUGAAAGUGUCAGCGGGAUAUCCGGUCUCUUUUUAUGUGGCGGAUUGGGUUGGAGGCUGUAUUAUUACAAUGAAGCUGAAUAUCUCUUUUCCAGCCACGGGCUGCCAGAAGCUCAUAGAAGUUGAUGAUGAACGCAAACUGCGUAGCUUCUAUGAGAAGCGUAUGGCAACAGAAGUGCCUGCUGAUCCUCUGGGAGAGGAAUGGAAGGGCUACAUUGUACGAAUCAGUGGUGGUAAUGACAAGCAGGGUUUCCCAAUGAAGCAGGGUGUACUGACCAAUGGUCGUGUUCGUUUGCUGCUCUACAAAGGUCACAGCUGCUUUCGUCCAAGAAGGACAGGGGAACGCAAACGUAAAUCUGUUCGUGGCUGCAUUGUUGAUGCGAACCUUAGUGUGCUGAACUUGGUCAUAAUUAAAAAAGGAGAGAAGGACAUUCCUGGACUCACUGACCGUACGGUGCCUCGUCGACUUGGUCCAAAGAGAGCUAGCAAAAUCCGCAAGUUGUUCAACUUGUCUAAAGAAGAUGAUGUACGUCAAUAUGUAGUGAGACGGCCAUUGACCAAAGAAGGCAAGAAGCCUAGGACAAAGGCUCCCAAGAUCCAGCGUCUGGUAACUCCCAGAGUUCUACAGCACAAGCGUAGACGUAUUGCUCUAAAGAAAAAGCGUACCCUGAAGAAUAAGACUGAGGCAGCUGACUAUGCAAAACUUCUGGCUAAGAGAAUGAAGGAGGCCAAAGAGAAACGUCAGGAACAGCUAGCAAAGAGACGUCGCUUGUCUUCCUUGAGGGCAUCCACAUCCAAAUCUGAAUCGAGCCAGAAAUAAAAACUCUUGACUGGUGUAAUAAAGCUUUUUUCUGAAAUCGA